AUGAAUGUAGAUUAGCGAACUUGUUUUAAAAUGCCUAAUCUAUUUGGUAUUAAAAAUUUAGAAGUUUUCUCACAUAUUAUUGUCAAACUUACUUGAACAAAUUGAAUCAAUCCAACAUUACAGUUCAAAUCACUUGUGAAACCGGCUUAAUGACUUAAUUGAUAAUUCGGUUUAACAACGUUGCCAUCAGCACAUCCUGUAGAAACAAAUCUUCAAAUCAUCUCUUUUGAACAUUUUGUACGGAUAUUGGGCGGGAAAAUAAAACAAAAAGGCACUAAAGCAAGCAAGCAGCCGCUCCUACAGUCCUUCCUUCUCCUUCCUACUCUAGUUUGCCCAGUGAGAAUUCAGAACCGCCCUGGGAAAUGAGAGGUCCUCGCCGCGGGCAGAAGGAUUCGUUCAUCCCACCGCCGGCACAAGACCACCACCACCGCCAGUUCCCCUACCGUGACUCCGACGCCAGCUUCGCCAGCAGCCGUCCGUCGUCCGUCGGCGUAGGCCGCCCGUCCGUCGCUCUGGUCGAUACCUACAAAGACCGAUCCCGCCAGGCGGAGACCCUUCGCGCUAUAAACCACUAUCUCUCCUCCAAAUCCUCGCCCUCGCUUCCGAUCAACCAAACCCCCUCCAGCAAACAGAUCAAGGAAACCCUAACAUUCCUUCUCACGAAUCUCGAUUGCCCAGUCAAGAAGCUGGAAGACGAUCUCUUGAGCAUUCUCAAAGUCCUCGGAUGCCCAAUCAAGAUCAACGGGUCGACGCUCCGUGCCCCCAACACUCCUCACAAUUUCCCUUCCUUCCUCGCCCUAAUGCACUGGCUGGUUGACAUUGCCACUUGUAGCGAGCAGCUCGCCAAGAAGUCAGGUCGGUCUCUUGAAAGUGACAUGUUUACUUACGCGUUAGACAGUUACUUGAACUACAUGACCGGCGAAGACAAUGAGGUGGAGGCGUUGGAUGCGAAAUUCACAGCCAGGUUGGAGGUGGAGAAGAACGGGUUCAAGGAAGGGAUUGCGUAUUUGGAGAAUGAGUGUAAUGAAUUAGCUGCCGUGGCGGAGAGGUUGAAGACUGAGCCCACGAGAAGGGAGAAAUUGGAGACUGAGAAGAAUGUCCUGGAACAGGAUGUGGGAAAGUACCAUGUCAUGAUGGGGGAGCUCAAGCAGAGAAUCGAGAGCACGGAGAAGGUAUUGGAGGACAAGCGGGCUGCCAUACUGGCUAAAGUUGAGGAGAUAGAAAGGUUCAAUGCUGAGAAUGAGGAGUUGAAGAAACAGGUGGAGAGCCAGAGCUUCAAUAUCAGGGAUGCUGAACGGAUGAGGAGGGAUCUGCAGGCGCUGGAGAGAGAUAUUGCGGAAGCGGAAACUGAUAGAAACGCGUGGGAGGAGAAGAUAUGGGACCUUGAAGCAACGAUUGGGCAAAAGUUAAAGGAGCUUGAGGUGAUGGCCAUGAAUUGUAACCAGGAGGCUAGGAGAUUGAAGCUUGAGAACAUUUUUCAGCAUGGCUUGAAUGCCAACGGUUCCACACCUGCUGAAGUAAUGGGGAUCGACUGCAAGUCUACGCUUAAACCUAGACUAAAUUCCCUUGCUGAUGGUCUAAAGAAUAGCUUUGUGUUAAAGCUGGAGGAGAAGAUGUCGCUUCAGCAACAAUCAUCAGAAUUGGCAACUAAGAUUGACAUCAAAAGAAAUGAUCUUUCCCAGUUCCAGUCUCAGAUUGAUGAAAUGGAAGCUCAGGUGAAUCGUACCAAGACAGAAAUAGAGGAUUACCUGAGCAAAUGUGCAUUGGAAGCAAAAAGCAUGGUGGAAACCAUCACAAACGAGGCCCAUACCUUGGUGUUAUUGGAAAAAGAAGCAGCAGCUAUUCUGCAGGAUAAGAAGGUGAAGUUAGGAGAAACGAUCAAACAAAGUGAAGAACAGGUGCAAGUGAAAGCUCGCCAACUGUUCACCCUGGUGGAUUCAAUCUCAAACUCCAAGGAGCACACUGACUCCUCUAUCUCUCGCAUGAAGAACAAGCUUGCAGAAACACAGGCUGCUGUCUCAGAUGCUAGCAGUAACGUUUUACUCCUCCAACUGGGUACCAAUUCUGCAGCAUGAGGUAUGAUAUGCCCGCUAAGAUGGGUCUAUAAUGAAGAUCACUAAGGGCAGAAUCUUCGUGCCUUUCGCCAUAUUUAUUCUCCGUUCCAAGAUCCUCGUAGUCGUAAGAUGAAAUGUUAAUAGACUGUGAUGAAAGCCUUUCGAGCGUUGAGUGUUCAUAGCUAAAGCUAUGGGUCUGAAGUUCAGCGCGUAAUUUGAUCAAUUUAUCCAUGUUAUGUUUGAAUGAUUGAUUUAUCCGUAGUAAGUGUCAAGAACCAGUUGAUCCCAAUAACUCGAGUUGUUGGGAGAGGUUCAAUCGUGGAUCAUAUACCACAACACUAACACGCCCCCUCAAACGAAAGCCACUCACAAGGGCUUGAAGUUUACACAGGUCUGAAGACAAGAAUACCAUGUGCUUAACAAAUGGGGGUCACCGGGAAUCGAACACAAGACCUCUCGGUCACAGAAGGUUCUGAUACCAUGUCAAGAACCAGUUGAUCCCAAUAACAGUAAGCUCAUAAUCAGUAGAACUUAAAUUCAAAUUUAAAUAAGAUAGUUCUGCAGUCUCUUGAUGGAACUUGUGGAGCUUGCUGAUAGUAUCAACCGUACUAUUUAACUUGCCUUCAUUUUUCACUCAUAUGGCUGUGAACAAUCCCCUGUGGAAAGGAUUAUGGUAUCCACGUCCAAACAACCACCUAACUUCGUUGUGGAUCAAAUCGAUUAACCAUGAAUAUACUUAAUCUGAGUCA